AUGGACGCCAUAGAAUCCCAGCUGCAUGUGCGAAACAAGUGUGAACAGCUACAGAAAUCGAUCAAAGAGCUGUACGAGUGGGAAGAACGCAUGAAAACUACAAAUACUGCCAAAGCUCCACCAGCGGAUAAUAGUGAGAAUAAAACAUUACCGCCCGUGCGAAGUGAUGUGAGAGCAAUGAGCAAAUUCUCCGAAGACAAAGCGAAUGUCGAAAAGCAGGAUCAAGCAGAGGGUGAAACUGUGAACAAAAAAAUGUUGGCCGAUGCCGAGAUGCUCAAGGAGAGAGGCAAUAAGCAGUGCAAGCUGGGAAACUUCCAGGAAGCAAUAGAACUGUACAGCCAGGCCAUUGAAACGUACGGCGAUAAUGCAGCGUACUACAGCAACCGUGCGUUGUGUUACAUGAACUUGGACCUUUUCGACGAUUGCCUUGCGGACUGUAGCACAGCAAUCGCAAAGGAUCCCAAGUACAUAAAAGCUUACUACCGCCGGAUGCAAGCGUUCGAACGUUUGGGCGAGAACGAAAAAGCUGCCACCGAAUGUCGCGAAAUAUUGCGCCUUUCGCAGGAUGAGAAUGAAUUGAACACGGCAAAGCGAGAUUUGGCCCGAAUAGAGAAACGCCUAGAGGCUUCCCAAAAGUCAGCGGCAUCUUCACCCGGCAAAAACAGCGCUACGUCAGCGGAAAUGGAUCCAACACUUGCACUGGUGAAGCAGGAAGCCGACAAAUAUAAGGAGCUUGGCAACAAACAUCUCGCACGGAAAGACUUUGAAAAGGCCGAACGUAGCUACACGAAAGCGAUUUCUCUGUUUGCCGAGGAAGCCAUCUAUUACACCAACCGCAGUCUGUGCUAUUGGAAUCUGAAAGAUUAUGACAAAUGUUUGGCCGAUUGCAAUAAGGCAAUACAGCUGGAUGAAACCUAUUUCCGGCCCUACUAUCGCCGAAUGCAGGUUCGGGAACUUCGCGGUGCUUACCAGAGUGCGGUCGAAGACUGUCGCAAGUUUAUCGAGUUGGUCAAGGACGAAAAGCAGAAAGGGACAGCGGAAAAAGAUCUUUUGAGAUUGGAGCGACUGGUCAAAAAUGAACAGCCCGCCAAGCAAGCGUUCGUUUGGAGUGAAAUCAAGAAAAAUGCUAAGCUGAUUAAGUUUAUCCAAAAGCCACCGCAUCUUCGAUCGAAAAAACCACUUACCCGUGUAGCCAUCAAAGACCUUACACCCUGUCCGAUUGUAAUCGACAACAAAAAUCUUCCACCCCCGUCCAAGUGUAAACCGAUUCCGGAUGCAGCGAUCGAUAAAAUGUUUAACAACAAUACGGGCGAACGAUUAAUAGAACCGGAAGAGCCAACCAAUCUGGAACAUCUGUUCCCGGCGCAUUCGAAAAAGCUUCGCAAUCUCUUCUCACCGCCUACUACGCCAACCGAACAAAAGAAACCCUUCGCGCCGGCAAUCAACAAAGCAACGUCAGCGACAGGAACGGUCCCGAAGAAAGCGGCAACCAACAGCAGCAGUAGCAGCAGCAGCAGCGCCACACAAGAGCAAAAGGAUAAAUCCGCGAAAAAGGUGGAACCAGUGCAAACAAACCAAAAGAAAAUGGAAAAAGGAAGUCAGGAUUCAAACGAAAGGCAUCCCAAACCGGCUACCGUUCCCGUUGUGACCCCCUCGAUGCGGCCACCCACCACUGUUCCUGGCGUUCCAAAGACAAGUGCUCAAUUUUACACCACCUGGAGUGGAUUGGACGAGGAUUUGAGAUAUCAGUACUUAAAGACGCUUAGCAGCACACCAUCGUGGCGAAAUUUGCUCGGCGCCGGCCUGUCGAAUGAAAUGUUAAGUGAGCUGUUACACAUCCUGCAGAAACGGUUCAUUCCCGACCGGGUCGAGGUAACGACCGUUUUAAAAGAAAUCGUGCAAAACGAAUCGAUCGGCAUACUGUCACUAAUGAUGGACGGAAAGGAUCGCGAAGCUACGGAACAGCUGCUCAAAUAUAUGGAAACUAGCAGUGUAAAGAAGGACGACAUAGAAUCCAUUCGGAGCAAACUUCUAUAA